AUGGCGGCGGCCAGAGGCCUGCUGUGGGUGGUGUGCUUGCUGAGAGUGGCGUUGGCGACCGUCUACUUCCAGGAGGAGUUUCUAGACGGAGAGCGCUGGAGGAACCGAUGGGUGCCGUCCACCAAUGACUCCCAAUUCGGGCAUUUUAGACUCUCGUCGGGGAAGUUUUAUGGCCAUAAGGAAAAAGACAAAGGUCUGCAAACCACCCAAAACGGCCGGUUCUAUGCCAUCUCUGCACGGUUCAAACCGUUUAGCAACAAAGGGAAGACCCUGGUGAUUCAGUACACGGUGAAACACGAGCAGAAGAUGGACUGCGGCGGGGGCUACGUCAAGGUCUUUCCCUCGGAUGUGGACCAGAAGAACCUGAAUGGAAAAUCACAGUACUACAUUAUGUUCGGACCCGAUAUUUGCGGAUUUGAUAUCAAGAAAAUUCAUGUCAUUUUAUAUUUCAAGAAUCAGUAUCAUUCAAACAAGAAAUCAAUCAGGUGUAAGGUCGAUGCCUUUACACACCUUUACACUCUGAUUUUAAGACCAGAUCUGACUUACGACGUGAAAGUUGAUGGCCAAUCAAUCGAGUCAGGCAGCAUCGAGUAUGACUGGCAUCUAACAUCCCUGAAGAAAAUGGAAAAAUCUUCAGCAGAGUCUAAGGACUGGGAUCAGGCUACAGACAGCAAAACUCAGGACUGGGAGAAACAUUUUCUGGAUGCAAGCGCCAGCAAGCCAAGUGACUGGAACAGUGAGCUGGAUGGUGACUGGUCCGGGCCGAUGCUGCAGAAGCCUCCGUACCAGGAUGGUCUGAAACCAGAGGGGAUCGAUAAAGAUGUGUGGCUCCAUCAGAAGAUGAGAAACACCAACUAUCUGACAGAGUACGACCUUUCAGAAUUUGAGAACAUCGGUGCUAUUGGACUGGAGCUUUGGCAGGUGCGAUCUGGAACCAUCUUUGAUAACUUCCUGAUCACAGACGAUGAAGAGUAUGCUGAGAAUUUUGGGAAGGCCACCUGGGGUGAAACCAAGGGCCCAGAACGGGAGAUGGAUGCCAUCCAGGCCAAAGAGGAGAUCAGAAAGGCCCUAGAGGAGGAGGAGGAGGAGGAGCUGCUGGCCGGGAAGUUUAAUGCGAGGCAAAAUUUCUUCAAUCAAUUUCACAGGCAAGAUGAACUGUAGUCGUGCAGCGAUCAGUAAAGGUACCUGGUGACACCUUGUUUCUAUUUUAAUCUAAUUUAAAAGCUCCAAUGUCUG